AGACCAUAAUCAUCUCAUCACAAACACAAACCAACAACAAACACAAGAAAGCAAAAGAAGCAUAACAUAAAAGAAGAAAAAAACUUAAAAGAGUUGUCAAGCAAGCGCAUACAUGGCACCGAUGAAGCAGAGUCUCUCUGCUGCUCUUUUCUCGUCACCACUUCUGAUCAUAUGUCUUAUCGCAUUGCUCGCUGAUCCGGUCUCAGUUGGUGCUCGCCGGUUAUUGGAGCAUCCUAAACCGGAGAUGCCAAAGUUGCCUGAGCUACCUAAAUUCGAAGUUCCAAAGUUUCCGGAGUUUCCUAAACCAGAGAUGCCCAAGUUACCUGAAUUUCCAAAGCCGGAGCUACCAAAGAUGCCAGAGAUUUUAAAGCCUGAGCUUCCCAAGUUUCCAGAAAUUCCGAAACCUGAGCUCCCAAAGGUACCAGAGAUUCAGAAGCCUGAGCUCCCAAAGGUACCGGAGAUUAAGAAGCCUGAGAUGCCCAAGUUUCCAGAGAUUCAGAAGCCUGAACUGCCCAAGCUUCCAGAGAAUGCAAAGCAUGAUGUGCCUAAGUUGAUGGAGACUGAAAAGCCUGAAGCUCCUAAGGUGCCAGAGGUUCCAAAGCCCGAGUUGCCAAAGAUGCCUGAAGUUCCAAAGCCGGAGUUACCUAAGAUGCCGGAGAUUCAGAAGCCGGAGUUGCCUAAGGUACCAGAGAUUCAGAAGCCGGAGCUACCAAAGAUGCCAGAGAUACAGAAGCCAGAGUUGCCUAAGGUGCCAGAGGUUCCGAAGCCAGAGUUACCUAAGAUGCCAGAAAUUCAGAAGCCUGAGCUACCAAAGAUGCCGGAGAUUCAGAAGCCGGAGUUGCCUAAGGUGCCAGAAGUUGCGAAGCCUGAGUUACCCAAGGUGCCAGAGAUUCAGAAGCCGGAGCUGCCCAAGUUCCCAGAGAUUCAAAAGCCUGAGUUACCCAAGGUGCCAGAGAUUCAGAAGCCUGAGGCUCCUAAGGUGCCAGAGAUCCCAAAGCCUGAGUUACCAAAGGUACCAGAGAUUCAAAAGCCAGAGUUGCCUAAAAUGCCGGAGAUUCAGAAGCCUGAAUUGCCAAAAUUCCCAGAGAUUCCAAAGCCUGAACUCCCAAAGGUUCCAGAGAUUGCGAAACCUGAGCUUCCCAAAAUGCCGGAGAUUCCAAAGCCUGAGCUACCCAAGAUGCCGGAAUACCCAAAAGUUCCCGGUACUGCUUAAGCGUUAUUGAACCAGAAGAAGGCCCAACUACUAUCAAGCCCAUCCCACGAUCUUAAAUUACCAUAUUACCCUUCUAUUGUUUUGUCAUUUUGCAGAGAUGUCUGUCCGCAUCGUUUCCCUUUGGUGAACCAAAUUUUUUAUGAUUUGGUCUCGUAGUCAUAGUUCUCUGCCUGUUUUGGUUACAGUUUAUACUCUUAUACUUGUAUUCUGUUUGUAUUUGUAUGUAUCAUACAAAUUUCGCUGUAUUUGAUUUGAUAUACUUUUUUUAAUGAAUUAUUAUGUUAUUUUAUUUUA